AAAGGAUCAGAGGGCUCGACGGCUCCAAACUCAGCAAGGAAACCAAGCAGGGGGAAGCUGCAGGAAAAUGGGAUUCAGAUAUGGUGGGGGAACCGGAAGAGCUCUUCUAAGCCUCUCGCUCUCGCCUUCAGUUUCAGUCCCAGCCCGAUUCUCCGUCUCCUUCUCUCUUCUCUCUACACCCAAACGUUUCCCUCUCUUCAAACUGCCAUCUCCGGCGCCGCCGCCGCCGCCUCCGCCGCCGACAAAACCUUUCAUAGGCUUUAAGCCCCUAUGCUCCGCCGCCGGCGCGACAGAGGAAGCAUUGGAGCCUAUAAAGCACUCUAUCCUUCUGGAGAGGCUGAGAACCAGGCACCUCAGGGAGUCUUCGAAAUCCACACAAACCAGGCCUCCGCCGGAGGCGGCUGCGGAGGCCGGUGAUGGGUCGAGGAGGAAGAAGAAGAAAGGUGGGGCCCUGGCGUCGAGUUUUGAGGAACUGGGGUUGACUGAGGAGGUGAUGGGGGCGUUGGAGGAAAUGGGUAUUUCGGUUCCUACUGAGAUUCAGAGCAUUGGGGUUCCUGCUGUGCUGCAGGGCCAGAGUGUGGUGUUGGGUUCUCACACUGGCUCUGGCAAGACCUUAGCCUAUAUGUUGCCACUUGUUCAGUUACUGAGACAGGAUGAAGCAUUACACGGUAUGAUAAUCAAGCCCAGACGUCCUCGAGCUGUUGUGCUAUGCCCAACGAGGGAGCUGUCUGAGCAGGUGUUUCGUGUGGCAAAGUCUAUCAGCCAUCAUGCACGAUUCAGGUCUACCAUGAUAAGUGGUGGCGGCCGUUUAAGACCUCAGGAAGAUUCACUGAACUCCCCAAUUGACAUGGUAGUGGGUACCCCUGGUCGAGUUCUUCAACAUAUUGAGGAGGGGAACAUGGUUUAUGGUGACAUCAAGUACCUGGUUUUGGAUGAGGCAGAUACCAUGUUUGAUCGUGGCUUUGGCCCUGAUAUUCACAAGUUUCUUGGCCCCUUGAAAAAUCGUAAAUUAAAACUGGAUGAUAAAGGAUUUCAGACUAUUUUGGUCUCUGCAACAAUGACAAAGGCAGUGCAAAAGCUGAUUGAUGAGGAGUUUGAAGGAAUUGUACAUCUGCGCACUUCAACAUUGCAUAAGAAGAUUGCUUCUGCUCGCCAUGAUUUUAUCAAACUGUCAGGUUCUGAGAACAAGCUGGAGGCAUUGCUUCAGGUCCUUGAGCCAAGUUUAGCAAAGGGAAACAAAGUGAUGGUGUUCUGCAACACAUUGAAUUCCAGUCGUGCUGUGGACCACUUCCUGAGUGAAAAUCAAAUCUCUACUGCUAAUUAUCAUGGAGAUGUUCCAGCAGAAAAGAGGGUUGAAAACCUCCAGAAGUUCAAGAGUGAGGCUGGAGAUUGCCCCACGUUAGUCUGCACAGACUUGGCUGCUAGAGGACUGGACUUGGAUGUGGAUCAUGUCAUUAUGUUCGAUUUUCCUUUAAACUCUAUUGAUUACCUCCAUCGGACUGGGAGAACUGCUCGUAUGGGUGCCAAAGGUAAAGUAACAAGUUUGGUUGCCAAGAAGGACCUGAUUCUGGCGAGCCGGAUUGAGGAGGCCAUAAUGAAGAAUGAGAGCUUGGAAUCCGUUACUGUAGACAAUGUCAAGAGGGACAUUGCCAGGGCCCACAUAACUCAGCAGAAGAAUUUGAAAGCCGUAAAAGUUUCAAACUGGAAAAGCAAGGUUAAAGCUGCACCGGUGAAAUCAUCCAGCGCCCAUGGCAAAGGUUCAUCUGCCAAAAAAUUGUCAGGGACAAAAUCGGGGAAAGUGUCUGCACCAUCCAAAUCUGCAAAAGCAGGUGUUAAACCAGUCAAGCCACUGAAAUCUUCCAGUUCAAGUAGUUCAAAAAGGGCUUCUUCCGGUUCAAAAAGAACGACCAACAGCAGAAAGCCUGGUGUAGCAAAGACGACAACUUCAAAACUAAAUGUGGUUGGGUUCAGGGGCCGGAGUUCUUCAUCCAACAAGACUCGCAGAGCUUCAAUUUAGGUGUGGCUGCAGAUUUGGACUAUUCGCUAUAAAAAGCCUAGUGAGAGCCCUGGAAGGCUUGGCCGGUGAAGCAACAUUCCCGGCAGCAUCAUAUAUGAUGACCCCAGAAAAAUCCGGGAGCUGGCACUUGCCACCCAUGAGAAUGUUCCUCUGCCAAACCGACAGCUCGCUGCUCGGCAUGCUUCCUUCGCCAUUGCCAAAGUGGAACCCGGCAACCAUCGCUUCGUUGUUGAGUUGUAUGACGGGAUCGUGGUUGCAGCCACGGCCGUAGCAGGGUCUCCAGCGACGCCACUUGAGCGAGUGAGAAGCGCACAGGAAGAGCGCGAAGGCGCACAGGAGGAGGCUUGCUGCGGCAUAGGCGACUGCUUGGGGGAUGCCUGAUAGGUGGCGAUGCACAAAAAAUGGACGAGCCAUGGAGAAAUUCUGCAAGGCAGAGGGAUUCUUUUGUGGAUAGAAAUCUGAUUUUUGCAAUCUUAUAAGAGCAAAUGGUAAAUGGGGUGGUUGGAUAUGGCGGAUUUGUUAAGGUAUAGGUUUGUACAAGUACAGUGGUUUAGUGGUUUUGUUGAGGAAGAACCUCUCUCUCUCUACUCUACCCCCACACAUGAAAUAUGCUGAUGCUGGAGUGCUCAACCGUACCGUGGUACCAUAUUAUUGUGUUGACGUGGCUCAAUUAUAUGGUAU